AUGGUGAGGUUUGCGUUUUUCAUUCUUACAACAUAGCCCAGAAAUAGUGUUCCCAAUAUUUGUUUUACAUUCUUGCAAUGGUGAGGCUGCCUUGAGAAAGGUUUGCGAUGUCUCGUAGAUCUUUUUCCAGGUUCCAUCCGGGUGGAAAUAGGAGAUGGGAGGCCGGGAAUUGGUCUCGGAGAGGUGGGGCUGAUGCGAGAACCAGAUCUAAAGUAUCUUAUAGUAAGGUGACGGCGGCAGGUGCUUGGCCGGGUUAUGGUACUGCGGAGGUGAGAAAGUGGGAAAAUAAGUUAGUGGUGAUCACAGAAAGUCAAGCGGUGAAAGCAAGAAGGGAUUUUCUGCUUUCUGCGGCAGUGUUUGGUGGGGAGAUUCAGAUGAGGGGUGGAAGCCAGAGAGGUGGAAGCAUGGGCGGCUAGAACAUGGAGGGAGGUGUGGGGUGUGAAGGUGAAGAAGAUGACAAAUGACUUAUUUUUGUUCAUUUGUCCUUCAAGUACUGAGGCGGAAUGGAUCUUGUGCCAAGGGCUGUGGCAGAUGGACAAAAACCCUCUUCUUCGGAUUCCAUUUGGAUUAGGGCUUUUGGUCUCCCACUCCUCCUAUGGUGCCCUAACGUUAUCAAAGCAAUUGGAGAUGUUUGUGGGGGCUUCAUUGAAACAGACGACUCCCCUUCAGAAAUCGCUACCUGUGAAUGGGUUAGAAUGAAGGUCCGUAGAGGGGAAAGUAUUCCGAAUAGGGUGGAGGUGGUGGCUGGUGAGUCCUUGUUUUCGGUGCAAAUAUGGCCCGAGCUUCUUCCGACGGUGAGUAGAUGGAAAGGGGGAGCAGUGGGGGUUGAAGUUCAGUAGAUUUAGGGGAAGGUGAACGUGGACAAUGCAAAAUCCAUAUUGGUGGAGGAUGUGGACGAGUCUCCUUAGUUGCAGACUCCCUGUAUGGAAACCCACGCUACUUUCGGCUUGCCUAAGCGCUUUUUGGCGACCAGAGAUGGAGAAGAAGAGGAAAGGGCGCGCUGUAUGCUGAAGCGUCCGAUCACGGAUGAGAUGAAGGGUCAGAAUGGGCCCUCUAGAUAUAGCCCUGAGGUUGGAAUUCAAAUUUCUGAAAAAGGGAUGUGUGGGCGGGCGCUGGAUUUAAAAGAAUUAAAAGAAUUAAUCAAGGAGUGCAUGAGAGAGUUAAAUGUGGUCACCACAGAGGAGUAUGCACUGAACUUUGGUAACUUGUGUCAGAGCACGGUCUUCGAGUCCUGUUCGGGUUCGGAGGCUUUAUUAGAAGGGCAGGAAGGUUUUUUAGAAACUUAGAAAUUCCAACUAAGUCACUCACAUCUGGGUAGGGGCCAGUCACGGGGGUCAAAUAACAGGUCUGGGCCUAAGUGAGCCCUGGUCCCUUUACCGAAGAAAAGAGGUGGUUAGCCCUGGGUUCGGAAAGCCCAUUAGUAGUACUGGUUCUCAAGCCGUUGAAUGUAGGCGCAUGCAAAAUUCGCAGGGGGUGGAGCAGUUCGGCAGGGCGGUGAUCACGACAGGCCUGACCAGUCUCCCAGGCCUUCGUGUUCUUGUCGGCAAGUGAGGUCAUGCCAGGAUUCACAGGAAUUGAUUGUGGUGAGAAUGGAAGAAAAUAUUGUGGAAGCCGUGCCUUUAGUGAUGGUAGACUCUACUGAUUCGAUGGAGGAGAGGGGAGAGGAGUGUUUUCAGAGAAGUGGAGAGGAAGGGAGGGAGAAAGCAGGUGGUUCCUGGAAGUUUAAUGGGAGUGCUGUUCAGCUAGAUGACUUCAGAGGGGUUUGUGUUCGGGAAGAAGGAGAGUUGCGGUUUGUGCUUCUUUGAAGAAGUCGGGUUCGAAGGUUGUCUUGUUGCAGGAAACCAAAUUGGAUUUUAUGGAUGCUGCUAUGGUCAGAAGUAUUUGGGGAGAGGGUGAUGUCAGAUGGAAAGCAAAAAUGGCUGUGGGUAGUGCAGGAGGCUUGGUGACUCUUUGGGACCCAUCUUUCUGCAGUCUUGUUUCUGUUCAGAUUGGCAAUUUCUCAAUUUCAUUGGUGCUGAAAUUUACAAAUGAUGAGGUCUGUACUCUGUCAGGUAACAAAUGUUUAUGGCCCUACAGAUAGAAGUCGUCGGAAUGAAUUUUGGGAGGAAUUGGCAGGGGUGAGAGCUAAUUUGUCCAUUCCUUGGGUGAUUGGAGGUGACUUUAAUGUCUGUCUUUAUGCUGAUGAUAAGAAUACAAGGUGUAGGAGAUCUAGAGAAAUGCUCCAGUUUGCAGACUUUAUUAACAGUUUCGAGUUGCUGGAUCUUCCUCUUCAGGGCAGUCGGUUCACAUGGACAAAUAAUCAAGAUUCCCCUACUUUGGUGAGAUUUGAUAGAUUCUUGGUUUCUCAAAGUUGGGAGAAUCUGUUUCCCGAUUUCAGACAGGUUUCUCUCCCUAGACCUGUUUCUGACCAUUGUCCAAUUCAGUUGAUUUGUGGCUUUCGAGACAAUGUCAAAGCCCCGUUUAAGAUGGAGAAUUGCUGGUUCAAAGAGGCAAACCUAUCCCAAAUUUUGAAGGAUGUGUGGAGUGGGCUGCAAAUGGAAGGUAUGGCUUAUUUAUUUUGGCCAGAAAACUUGGAACAGUUAAAGAGAAAUUAAAAAUCUGGAGGAAGGAAUUCUCCUUGAAGUCAGAAAUUGAAAAGRGCRGCMUGUUGAGUAUCAUUGAGGAAGUGGAUUCAGCUGAAGAGGUUGGCCCUAUUUCWGAGGAAAGUAGGAUUAAGAGAUCCCAAGCUAAGCAAAGAUAUGACAAAUUGGCAGUGGAGGAKGAAAUCAAGUGGAGACAGAGGGCUAAAGUGAGGUGGCUGAAAGAGGGGGACAGAAAUACCCAAUUUUUUCAUAAAAUGGCUAAUGCCAGGUUGAGGGUAUCUUCUAUUUCUAAGCUGGAAUGGGAAGACAAGAUUGGGAGCUCUGAUGCGGAUAUAAAGAGGGUGGCAAUAAGUUUUUAUAAGCAUCUCUAUACAGAAUCUUGGGCUUGUAGACCCUUUCCUAGAAACCUUCCUUUUAAACAGCUAAGUGGAGAGCAAAAGUUUAUUGAAAGGCCUUUUUCGGAGGAGGAAAUUAAAUCGGCCAUUUUCUUGUUGGCGGUUGAUAAAUCGCCUGGCCCGGAUGGCCUUACUAAUUUGUUCUACAUCAAAUGCUGGGAUACGGUUAAGCAAGACAUAUUGAAUGUGUUUCAGGAUUUCCAUGAGAAUGCCUCCCUCCAGAGAAGUUUGAAUGCUACCUUCAUCACUCUUAUCCCUAAAAUUGAAGGGGCGGUUAAUGUGAGAGAUUUCAGGCCGAUUAGCCUCCUUCACAGUUUUUAUAAGAUUUUGGCUAUAGUCCUAGCUGAGAGAAUGAAAGGAGUGAUUGAAAGUGUCAUCUCUAACAAUCAAAGUGCCUUUGUUCCUGGUAAACAGAUGCUUGAUUCAGUCCUCAUUGCUAAUGAAUUAAUUCACUCAAGAAGAAGAGAGGGAGUUCCAGGUUUAAUUUGCAAGUUGGACAUUGAGAAGGCGUAUGAUCAUGUUAACUAGAGGUGUAUUGACUCAGUCCUGCACCAUAUGAAUUUUGGGCAGAAGUGGAGGAAUUGGAUUAAAGUUUGUACUUCCUCUCCUAAGUUCUCAGUGUUGAUCAAUGGCCAAUCGGCAGGUUUUUUUGAUAGUUCUAGGGUGCUGAGGCAGGGGGACCCUCUGUCUCCUUUGCUUUUCAUAUGUGUAAUGGAAAUUCUGACCCUGUUUUGUAAAAGGACAACUGAUGAUGGGAGUUGGGAAGGCUUUUCUAUCUGCCUGGGGGGUGAAAAGGUUAAUAUUCUCCAGUUUGCUAAUGAUACAUUGUGCUUCUUGGAUGCUUCUCCAUCCCAAAUGAAUCUCAUUCUUAGUAUUUUAAUAUGGUUUGAAGUGGUGUCUAGUCCGAAGGUGAACUUGAACAAAAGCUCUAUCAUACCAGUGGGGCCGGUUGACAAUUUAGAGGAAUGUGCUGAGGUCUUGGCAUGUAAGAUUGAUUAUUUUCCUGUGAAGUAUUUGGGUCUCCCUUUGGGGGCUAACUGGCUCUCUUCCUCGAUCUGGGAUCCUGUCAUUGAGAGAAUGGAGAGAAAGCUAGCAUCUUGGAAGGCAAAGUACCUUUCUUUUGGUGGAAGGGUAACCUUGAUCAAAAGUACACUCUCAAAUCUUCCAACUUAAUUUUUAUCCCUUAUCCCUAUCCUGGUUGGUGUGGCUAAAAGGUUGGAACAACUUCAGAGAAAUUUCCUUUGGAGAGGUUGGGAGGAGGACAAUAAGGUCCAUCUAGUUAAUUGGGACCAAGUUUGUCUUCCUAAAGCGGAAGGCGGUCUAGGAAUCAGGAAAUUGAAGAAUUUUAAUUCUGCUCUAUUAUGCAAAUGGAUUUGGAGGUUCUCAGUUGAAAGGAAUGCGUGGUGGAGAUCUCUCAUUGCUGAAAAAUAUGGGGUUGAUUGGGGAAAUUGGAGAACGAGAGAUCCCCCUCCAAAUUGGGGCAACUCUCUCUGGAAAGGAAUUAUGAGGUACUUUCCUAUCUUUGGGGAAGGGAUUUCAGUGUGUGUGGGCAAAGGAGAUAGAACAAAAUUCUGGAACGACAAAUGGUGUUUAGACAACCCCCUUGCUAGUUCCUUCCCUCACCUUUUCAGAUGUGCAGCCAAUCAGGAGGCUACUGUGGCUGAUUACUUAUCAUUGAAUGAGAAUUCAGUGUCUUGGUCCCUUCUCUCAAGGAGGAAUUUGUAUGAUUGGGAAUUGGAUGACUUCUUGGAGCUGAUGUCUCUGCUUCUUGUUCAGAAGAUUGAUGUGCUGGGGGAGGAUUUGUGGUGCUGGAAAUGGAAGCCAGAUGGGGUGUUUUCUAUGAAAUCCAUGGCUGAUAAGUUAGAUAAUGUGGGAGGUUCUGAGUUCCCUGCUGGGCAGAUUUGGAACCCUCUGAUCCCUUCAAAAGCCAACUUUCUGGUCUGGACGAUGGCCCUUGAUAAAUGUCUUUCCAGGCCUAACUUAUUGAGAAGGGGUAUUCCAAUUCUGGAUUCAAGUUGUGUGCUUUGUGGGGCCACUGAAGAAUCUACAGAGCACCUUUGUCUUCAUUGUCCAUUUUCUCUUCAGAUUUGGCUGCAUUUUCUUAAAGCUCUGGGUGCUAACUGGGUUUUGCCGAGAUCAGUUAAGGAUCACUUGUGUUCCUGGAAGCUGAAAGGUCUUAUUAAGAGAGGGAAGCUAAUGUGGAAGACAAUUCCAGCUGCAAUCCUGUGGUCCAUUUGGGCUGAAAGGAACAGUAGAAUCUUUUGUAGUAGGUAUAAGGAUGUUGAUCAUGUAAUUCAGAGAGCUGUGGGCAAGUUGAUCUCUUGGAUUUCCACAUCUGGGGAAUUUAGAGAUCUUAGUAUGUCUGUUUUGUUUCAGUCUUGCUCCUGCUGGAGGUUGUAAUUUUGGUUGCUUUUCAGACUGCCUUCUUGGGUCUGAAUUGCAGCCUUCUUUCGCUUAUGAUGAGUAAACUUACAUUACCUAAAUAA